UUCCCGUGUGUGGGUGUGCGUGUGUGUUCAUUCAAACAGUGUGUAUGCGGAUGUGUAUGUGUGAACUCAGUUGAGCCCUGGUAGCACAAUAGCUAGCUGUCCCCAGCGUGGCUGCAGCACCCACGUCCACAUUCCCUCCGUGCUGAGUGUGGGUGGUGUCUCCACGCCGUCAGGAGGAAGCGUUGUCUCUGUGAAGAGGCAACAGUUGGUUUUAUAGGCAGAGAGACAAAGAAGAGAGACGAGAGAGAGAAAGAUGUAACCUUAGAUCAAAGACUCCUCUAAAGACAGCCCCAGGAGGCCCUUGAAAACUCCCCCCACCUCUCUGAAGGAUUAGUUUUAGAGGAGGGGGAUUUGGAUGCAGAUGCCUUGGAAUGGUGCGAGCGAGGCAUAGGAGGAGCUGAUACAUCUGAUGAGUAUUAUGACUCCCGCUCGUGGCAUAGCGACACCUUGUCAGAUUUGAGUCCAGAUGGGGACGACUGUGUAGAUGCCCUGCUAGAACUGGAGAACACCUACACUGGUCAUCGAACAACAAGCAGCAGUUUUUGCACUGGGCAGAGUAAAGCCCGGCAGAGAGAGCCACUGACAGCCAAGGAUGGCCACAGAGAUGCCACAGAGACAUACAUUGGACGACCUACUUGUAGCAGGAGGAAAAGCCCAGGGAACCAUGUGGACCUGAGCACGAGAAACCUGGUAUCAUUUGAGUUCCAACCCCAUCCAAGUUCAGAGAAACUAAAACUAAACGUGCACCAAAAGCAGUCCCGUUCACAGGCUGCUUGUACUCAAGAAACUCUAGAAACUCAAGUCAAGGGAAGCACGGAGCUAAACAGUUUACAUGCACAGAGCCAACACAACACAGACACCUUUAACACAAAGGUAAAUAGUCCACCAGGCACUCAGGAAGUGAAGCUACAUGUGCAGCCUGAAGAAAAUCCUAACAGGCUGAAUGAAUCUGCAGAUUCAGAAACAUGCAUGGUACAUAUUGAUACCACAGAGGACAAGAUUGUGGAGACACAAGAACAGCAAAGCACACAUGGACAUGACACAUGGUUACAGACAGGAAGCACAGAUAGAAAAGACACAGAGAACAUAAGCAGAGAAAGAUUAGAAGUCUGUAAUAUUCAAGAUGUAGAAGUAGAGAAUAUUGAACUGCCCAGCACUUACUCUGUAGAGAAAAAUACAGAUUUAAAUAGAUGCAACAGUGACUGUAAUGAUAGACAUUACAGACAGAGAGAAAAUUUAGAACAACAGGGUAUAAUCAAUGAAGACAGGGAGAUACAGCCUAUAAAAGUGCACAGUGCGGACAAAAGAGAGUGCGAAACUGUGGGAACAUGUUGUAAUGGAUCAACAUUUGAAAGCCUUUUUGCACCAGCACAUUCUAAAUCUGAGUUAAUUAGAGAAAUUGUUGUAGCAAGUUCAGAUAUUGCAGAAACACAUGGUACAAAAACAAAUGGAAUGUCACAUACCACACAGACAGAGCUAAUAGACAUAAUUGAUACACAAACCAAUUUAUUGACACCCAAAGUGGAUAUUUGCUGCUCACAAACUCCGUUUGAGGAGAGCCCCAACAGAGGACUGUCAGAGAUCCACCCUCAGGUUUGUACUGGUGUAACAAAGCCUCAGGAUAAGGCAUGGGUGUCAGGUGUCUGCUUCCAGGCAGAACAGUUUGGGUGUGCUGGCACUACAACAGAGGGGACUAAACCACCUGGGACAGUAAAUGAAAUCUGUUCCUCCAUCACAUUUUCCACAGAGACCUCAACCUGUUUUCCAUUGGAUACCUUUGCUACUGAGCUGACUGUGGUUCCAAAGGGUUCUACACUGACCUCGCCUGGGCUGUCGGCCGACUCAGACAGGGAGGAGCUCACUGAGAAGCAACCAGAUCAAAAUAAACCUCAGAGCACAAGGUUACAACCAUGUCAAGUUCCAGGACGGACACAGAAUUUAAUCUCUGAUCAGUUUGAUCAGGGGGGUGUUACGAUAGAAAUACCUACUACUGCUCAUAGGCAGCUACGUUCUGUCAAACAGCACUGGCUCUCAGGCUGUGUAGAACCAGAGCCUGACAAAACUCUGAUCCAAUCUGACACUGGUACGACAUCUGAGGAAUGUCUGCCUCAUCUUCCUCAGUCACAACUUGGCACAAGAGAGCAUUCUGAGCUGAGUGAGCCGAGGGUAGUUCCCAAGGCAAUUGCCCAUGAUCCAGAUCCCUACUUUACUCAGCAUGUGCCUCAUGAGAUAGGAAAAAGAUCAACAUGUCCUGCCGCUACUGAGUCCAUUCGGGACAGUGGAAGAGAACUAUCAGAAGUAGAUCAUAAGGUCAUUACUACUGUCAGUACAAUUUCUAGUCAUUGUAAACAAGCUCAGUUGAAGGUAAAGAUCUCUGAACCUCCCUGUAGCCUGCAGGCCUCUUAUUCUCUGCUCUCAGACUCCAACAAUAAUACUAAGACCUUUAUAAAAGGGGUGGUGAGAGGGGAGGGUUCAGGCUGUUCCUCAGGGGGAGCCCAGAGCAGUUACCAAAGUAAUGAGAGAAUAAUUUGUCCCCUGGUUAAACCAUCAACAAAUUUAACCUCUGACCCCUUGGAAGAUGUAGACAAGCCUCAGGUAGAUUCUGAAGUGUUCCUGUCUUCACUGGACCAUGGACCCAACUGGAGCAGUGAAGACACUAAAUCUGUUCUAGGGAAAUACCUUGAUAGCCACAGCCUUUUAGGCCAGUCACAUACAAACGAGCUAGAAAAACAAAAGACAGAAAACCAUAUUGAGAAUAACACUGUUAUAGAAAGUCUAGAGUAUAAGUAUUGUAACUCUGAAAGAAGUGAAGGCCUUAAGCCCCUAGUUUCAAGUUCUCAGAGCCUAUUAGUGGACAGUGAAUUCAAAGAAGAGAGGCACUGUUGUAGUCAACCAGGGGAUCACAGCUUACCUAAUAAAACAAGAGGCAGCUUAUCCAAAUCCUACGAGAAAUAUGCACUGACUGAGUCCAGAGACUACACACAAGUCAGCUUGCCAGUUUCACAGCCGGAGGCGGUGGUAGUUAGGUGCUCACACCCUGAUGUCAACCUCAACCUUCUUGCUGUCAGUACUUCAGAGUCAGUUGUAGAGGCUGAAUGUUCACUGGAAAGUUGUGACACAACAGAGUAUGAUUUAAAAACAGAAACAAAGAAAGAAUAUGAGAUCAUGAGGGCUGUAACGGAUAAUGUUAACCUUUCAAGGGACAUCUCCAUUCCCAGGAGUACACACCACCAACCACAGCAGGAAGAAGAAUCUUUAACCGCUGUUGAGUUAGAACCUGAGGCAAACCCAGCAACACAUGUCUUACAUAGUAGUAGCGAAAAGAUGACUAUGACUGUAGCCUAUGAUGCUGUGUCUUAUACCUCAACAAGCAGCAACUGCGAUGAGUCAGAAGAUCCCCACUUUGCUGUUUCAGCCAGAAAUGCCAUACCUGACAAAACGACCAACAGAAGCAAAACAAAAGGCAACCAGACAGGAAACAAAAGCUCUAAGUUUUCUGUCUUUGCUAAAAUGCCUUCCUUUAGGAAGGUGAAAGGCUCAAAGGGUGCCAAAAGUGAGGAGUUAUCGCAGGAGUCAUCAGAUGGAGGAAGUGAGGGCCUUCUGCCUGAGCAAGGGACACAGAGAGACAACUCAGAUGAUGAGGUUUUUGUCAAAGGUGACAUCCUCAACCAAACACCCCACCAAGCAUUUUCCUUAUUGCAUUACGAGGUAGAAGAAGAGGACUUUUUCUCCUCUACUCCCCACAGUCGCCAUGUCCGUCAGAUAGUCAGCCAAGGGAAUAGCGGGGAGGGUAAUGGAGGACCAUGCCCAGACAACCCCCUCCUCAGGCAAGUCCAGUCACCUAAUGGGCAGACCUACAAGAGGAGCAAGAGUAAUGACAGUUUAAACAUUCGCAUGCGCUUUGCACAAGCACAUAAGUCCCUUUCCAGCCUGUUUGAGUCUCGUUCGAUGGAUAAGGAGAAUGAAGAGCAGGCCACUAUAGGCAUUGAUGUGGAUUCAGUUAAAGCCAAACAAUCCUGGAAGAAGUUGAAAAAGGCAAAGGAGACUGAGCUACUAAAAAGAACUCUUUCGGUGCCAGAUGGGGAAUGUAGCAACAUGGCUCCUGGGCAGGUCCAUGGAGACUUAACGUCCUCUCCACUUAGUAGUCCAGGCUCACCAUCCUCCCUCAGAGCCCUCUGCCACACUGAUCCCAUCUCUAAACGGGGAGUUCCACAAGGUAGUGGAAAGGAAAACCCCCAUGGAUGCAAAUCUGAAGGCCAGAGAAGAAGGUGUUCACCAAAUGGUUUACCAACUACAUUUCUAGAUGAUUCUGGACUUCCACUUCCAAGUUACAACAGCCCAGCCUCACCUUUGAGUCCCUGCUCACAAGCCACCCUUAAUCAUCAGCUUUCACCAUCCUGUACCAGGGCCCACCCAGUCACCAGUGAGGGCUUGACUGAGAGUCCCCUACGACCAAUGAGCCCUAAACCAAACAGCCCUAGGCCAUCGGCUCAGCGCAAAGUUUUCCGCUACCCUCAUUCAGCAAGGGCCAGUUCUGUUUCUCCUAUCCUUCUGUGUCAGUCAGUCAGCGUGGAGGGAUUGACAGACCCCCCUGAGAGACCUAAAACCCUAAAACCCUCAGCUAGCCCUCUAGGUCUCAGCCCCGGCCCUUUGGAUGUAGCUGAGGGCAGAAUAGACAGUCAGUCACACAUCAGCCUAUAUGCCAUUGGCUCCAUCAACGAAUUAGAGGGCACACAAAACGGUGGUCGACCUGCCAGCCAGUUCAGAGCAAGAAAGCUGUUGGAGGUGAAGGGCGAGGGGAAGGCCUCUGUGGUUCCUGGUGGGCUGAGGACUUGCUGCUGGGUGGAUGUGGGACGUGAUGGAGGUGGCCAGCAGCGAAGGCGAAAGUGUUCAGAUGACCUCUGGAUUGAAGAGCAAAAGAAAUACAAACGCAAACUGGCUAGAGCCAUCAGAGGCAGUGUGGGCCAGCUCAGCACACUGUUAUGUGAAGACAUGGACAAAGCAAGACGAGGCCACAGCGUGGCUGAUCCUAGGGUCACCUUGGGACCCAUCGAGGCCUUCCGGGGGAUGCCCCUCAAAGCCCACUGCUUCUCUCAGAGCACCCCCAUUGGUCUGGACUGUCUGGGCUGGAGAAGACGCAUAUCCUACACCUCGGUGGUCGUUCCUGAUGGGGCCUCAGAGAAGGUGGGUCUUGGGGAUGAACUGGGCAGUGAAGAGGAUCUACUGUAUGAAGAGUUUCGUGGUUCUGGACAUCGUUUUGGACACCCAGGAGGAGGCGGAGGAGAGCAGCUAGCCAUCAAUGAGCUGAUCAGUGAUGGCAGCGUGGUGUAUGCAGAGGCCCUCUGGGACCAUGUCACCAUGGACGACCAGGAGCUGGGCUUCAAGGCUGGUGAUGUCAUCGAAGUAGUGGAUGCCACGAACAAGGAGUGGUGGUGGGGUCGCAUCAUGGAUAGCGAGGGCUGGUUCCCUGCCAGCUUUGUACGGUUGCGUGUGAACCAGGAUGAACCCAUGGAGGAGUAUCUGGCCCACCUUGAAGAGGCUCAGGCUGGAGAGGAGGACCAGGCGGGUCUGGGUUUGUUUCUGGGACCUGGUUUACCCUGCAAAGAGCAGAUGAGGACUAACGUCAUCAAUGAGAUCAUGAGCACAGAGAGGGACUACAUCAAGCACCUGAAAGACAUCUGUGAGGGUUACAUCAAACAGUGCCGCAAGAGGACAGACAUGUUUAACGAAGAGCAGCUUCGCACCAUCUUUGGCAACAUUGAAGACAUCUACCGGUUCCAGAGGAGGUUCCUGAAAGGCCUGGAAAAGAAGUUCAACAAGGAGCAGCCGCACCUCAGUGAGAUCGGCUGCUGCUUCCUCGAACAUCAAACAGAUUUCCAGAUCUAUUCAGAGUAUUGCAACAACCAUCCAAACGCCUGUGUCCAGCUGUCCAAGCUCAUGAAGGUCAACAAAUACGUGUUCUUUUUUGAGGCCUGCCGACUGCUUCAGAAGAUGAUCGACAUCUCUCUGGAUGGCUUCCUGCUCACCCCAGUUCAGAAGAUCUGCAAGUACCCGCUGCAGCUGGCUGAGCUGCUCAAAUACACCAACCCACAGCACAGGGACUACAAAGACGUGGAGGCAGCCUUAAACGCCAUGAAGAAUGUGGCCAGGCUGAUCAACGAGAGGAAACGGCGCCUUGAAAACAUUGACAAGAUCGCUCAAUGGCAGAGCUCCAUAGAGGACUGGGAGGGUGAAGACGUCCUCAGCAGGAGCUCUGAUCUCAUCUUUUCAGGGGAGUUGACCAAGCUGUCCCAGCCUCAGGCCAAGAGUCAACAGAGGAUGUUUUUCCUCUUUGAUCAUCAGAUGGUGUACUGCAAAAAGGACCUGCUGCGCCGGGACAUGCUGUACUACAAGGGUCGGAUGGACAUGGACCACAUGGAGGUGAUAGAUGUGGAGGACGGCAAGGAGAAGGACUUCAACAUCAGUGUGAAGAAUGCCCUGAAGUUGCGGUCGCUGGCUGGUGAUGAGGUCCACCUUCUGUGUGCCAAAAAGCCAGAGCAUAAACAACGCUGGCUCCGGGCCUUCGCUGACGAGAGGAUUCAGGUCCAGCAUGACCGUGAGACAGGCUUCUCUCUCACAGAGGUCCAGAAGAAACAGGCCAUGCUGAAUGCCUGCAAAAGCCAUCCAGCUGGGAAACCCAAAGCGGUGACUCGACCCUACUACGACUUCCUGCUGCGACAGAAACACCCUUCUCUGCCUACUGCUUUGCCCCAGCAGCAGGUCUUCAUGCUAGCUGAGCCCAAGCGCAAAACCUCCACCUUCUGGCACAACAUCGGCAGACUGACACCCUUCAAGAAGUAAAGAAACACAUCUGGAAGGAGAAGAAAAGCUGCAGAGAGAGAAAGGAACAGAGGAGGAAAAAAGAAGAGCUCUUUGCUCGUGCCUGAAUAGACCCUUUUUCAUUUUUCCUCUUUUCUUUCCUACUCGUAACAUUGCCCUAAUUGACUUACCGGUUUGUUGUAUAGAUGUGGAUGGUGAUGAUGAUGAUGUUGAUAAUGAUGGUGAGGAGGGGGAGGAGGAGGAGCAGAUAUUUUUUGAAAGCACUUUACAGGUUGGCUAACAAUCAGACUGGAGAAUGGUCUCCUGGAGACACGGAGUCAAACUGGGAGUGGCCUCUUGCUUAACUUACUACUUCUACACCUUCAAUCAAACGCCUGUUGACUGGUACUAAUACUACUACUGUACUGCUGAGUGAGCGUGGGACUCUUGACUGUGCUGCCUCUGUGAAGACAUCGUUUAUUUCCACUGUUCUGUUGUUUUAUGAUUUGACAGAUGCCAAGUGUUCACAGUGCCAGAUGAUUUGUUUUUGUAUUUGUUUGUUCUGUGUCUGCUUUGAGACAAAGGGAACAUUGAGGGAGGGGGGUUGUAAAGUUUCCUGUACUUUUUCUCUGUGCAAAUAUAUAAUUUCAGGAUCCUUUCAGCUGGUUUUAAAUAUUUUGUGAUCUUCCUCCGCCAACAUUUGUUUCUGUGUGUCUCUGGUGCAUUUGUGGUGUUGUGCAAAACUUGAUCAAAGUCAUCAAAUGCAGCCUAAAGAAGACUGAGCUCAUCACAGGUUAGGAGCUCAUUAUCCCAACAAACAGCAGCAACCCACACACACACUCCAGCAACACACAUUCCUUGAGUCUGAUCCUCGACUCCUCCUUCCACCUACCAUGUCAAUGAAAGUAAAGAACCUGUUCUCUUUCUUUUUUUAAGUGCCAUUUGAAGUGUGUCAUGGAUGAUUUACAAUGACAUGCAUGGAUGUGAUGAAAAAAAAAACUGUGAAGAAUAUUUUUUUAUCUCUGAAGAACCCUGCUAUAUUUAACCAGAGAACCAGUGCUACAGCAUCACUCUCUCUCUCUCUCUCUCUCUCUCUCUCUCUCUCUCUCUCACUGACAUUCUUUUAUCUACCUGUACCUCUGAUAUCCACUAUCCCCGCUCUGUGUAUCUGGUCUCCAGUAUAAUCUUGUUUCAAAUCAAUGCAGCCCAGUGAUAUCGCUCUGUAAGUGCAUUCAGUGAAAUGUACUCUUUUCACCUUUCUGUUCAAAUGUUUUAGCUUCUGACGAUAUGGAAUAUUAAACAUUCCUAAGCUGACGAAUGUGGCCAUCA